ACUGUUUGAGGAAAAAAGAAAAGGGCAAAAGGAGGCAAUGUCUGAUUGCGGGAAAUUCCCGGUUCCAACCUCUGUCGUGUCACUCACUUGUAUUGUCGUAUUGUUGUGUUUUCCUCUGAAAAAAGGCGCUCGCCUCUCCGUGUCAGAGACAGGUUCCAGGGGAGAAGCAGAGGAUGCAGUGUCACGUGAUGAUGUUAUGAGGGCCUGCAGCUCUUCUGGGGAUUGAUCAAAAUAUAGCUUUUGCUCUGUCUUUUCAUCAUCCGGUGGGAUUCGAUUCAUUUUGAAAAUCUACAAUGCUGCAAUUUCAGGCUUUUACCAUACUUUCGCAGAGCUCCGGUUGGCAGAUUUGGUGAUUCCGAAGUUUGUUAGCGUGUGACAGUUUACGCUCUAGGCCUGAACUCGGGAUGCCUUCGUCCCGUGUCGAAACAAUGGGGAGAUUAUUCAUCCUAUGUGAGCUCUCUGUGGUUGCCAUGGUGAUUUUGCUCUCGGUUGACCGGACGGAGCAGCUCCAGUCCUCCCAGGCUCAUACCCUCUUGAGGAUCCGACGGCUGCUCAACCAUCCCCCUGUGCUAAGCAGCUGGACCGACCGCACAGAUUUCUGCAACAUGGAACCCAAUUCGUCUCUCACCGUUGUUUGCUAUGAAGAUAGCGUGACUCAGCUCCAUAUAAUAGGAGAACAGGGGACCCCGCAGUUGCCUGAGAACUUCUCGAUGGAGUCCUUCAUAACCACCCUUGUGAAGCUCCCGAACCUCAAGGUCCUCACAUUGGCAUCCCUUGGCCUGCGGGGCCCACUUUCGGGCAAGAUCGCUCGUUUGUCAUCUCUCGAGAUAUUCAACGUGAGCUCGAACCUCAUCUCAGGUUCGAUUCCAGAGGAGUUAUCGUCCCUCACGAGCCUCCAGACGCUGAUACUCGAUGGGAAUGCAUUCUCUGGUCAGCUGCCUGACUGGCUCGGUCAGCUUCAGGAACUCACUGUCUUGAGCCUCAGAAAGAAUUCCUUCAACGGAUCUCUGCCCGACUCUCUAGGCGAUCUCGACAACCUCCGAGUUCUUGCUCUUUCACAUAAUCGGUUCUAUGGGCAAGUUCCUGACCUCAGCAGUUUAACUAACCUUCAAGUGCUCGACUUGGAAGAUAAUCUUCUUAACGGCCCGUUUCCUAAAAUAAGCACCAAAUUAGUCACAAUCAUACUGAAGAGGAACAAGUUCAGGUCAGGAAUUCCGAUUAAUCUCAACUCGUAUUAUCAGCUUCAGCAGCUCGAUCUAUCAUUCAAUAGCUUCGUGGGGCCCUUCCUGCAGUCACUUUUCGCCCUCCCUUCCAUUAAUUAUAUCGAUAUUGCUGGGAACAAGUUCACGGGAAUGCUCUCGGUGAACCAGUCUUGUAAUGAAGAUCUGAUGUUUGUGGACUUGUCUUCGAAUCUCCUGACUGGAAAUUUGCCCGACUGCUUGUUGAACUUGAAGAAGGUGGAUGUUUUGUAUGCGAGGAAUUGUUUAUCCACCGGUGAUCAAGAUCAACGGCCAAUCUCAUUUUGCAGGAACGAAGCUUUGGCUGUUGGAAUCAUACCGAGCAAUAAGAAUCAGAAACAGGCUUCUAAGACGGUCAUUGUCUUGGGAAUAACUGGAGGGAUUGCUGGGAGUAUCGCACUUGCUGGCCUAGCUUUCUUUGUUGUUAGAAGGAGCAAUGCUAACAGGGGAAACAAGACUCCUCCCACAAGGCUGAUUUUGGAGACUGCAUCGACCGGGUACACCUCAAAGAUACUCAGCGACGCAAGGUAUAUAUAUCAGACUAUGAAGCUUGGAUCACUCGGUCUUCCUGCUUAUAGAACAUUCUCCUUGGAGGAGAUCGAAGAAGCUACAGGCAACUUUGAUUCAUCUGCUUUCAUGGGUGAAGGUUCUCAUGGUCAAAUGUACAGGGGGCAGCUGAAGAAUGGCUCUCUAGUUGCAAUCAGAUGCCUGAAGAUGAAGAAGAGCCACGACGUUCAGAACUUCAUGCACCGCAUAGAAUUAAUCUCAAAGCUCAGGCAUCCCCACGUGGUCAGUGCACUGGGGCAUUGCUUCGAGUGCUACUGGGAUGACUCAAGCGUCAGCAGAAUCUUUCUCGUGUUCGAGGAUGUGCCUAAUGGCACACUAGGAAACUGGAUCUCUGGACGGCGUUCGAGGCAAAUGCUGACUUGGGCACAGAGGAUCGCUGCUGCAAUAGGGAUCGCAAAGGGGAUUCAGUUCUUGCACACUGUAAUCGUCCCCGGCCUAUUCUCAAACAACCUGAACAUAACCGAUAUUCUGUUGGAUCAGAACCUUGCUGCAAAAAUCAGCAGCUAUAACCUUCCUCUACUGGGAGAGGAACUGGGAAAGGAUGGCAAGAAAUCUUCUUCUGGAGGGUCCAAAGAAAUUGCUUCUAGGGUAAACCAUGCAGAUAAGAACGAUAUCUAUGGCCUUGGGGUGAUCCUACUAGAACUCAUGGCAGGACGACAACUCAAAACGAAGACCGAAAUCGACGCCAUAAAAGAUCAAAUACAGUCGAGUGUAGCCGCCGAUGCUGCAGCUCUGAGGAGCGUUGUUGAUCCAACAGUCCAGAAAGCAUCGUCAGAACAAUCCUUGAGAACAAUGAUGGAGAUCUCCCUUAGAUGCUUGCUGAAUGACCCAGCUGAUCGGCCCUCCAUCGAAGACGUCCUGUGGAACUUGCAGUUCGCUGCUCAGGUCCAAGAUGGGUGGAGGGAGUCCUACAGCAGUGAAGGCUCCCCUGGCUCCCCUUCCCAGCCCCCGAGCCUUCGCCUCACCAUACCUAAGUGAAACGAUCGGGUCUUCCUCAGCAAGACGGGGAGCAUUAGCUGCAUUACAUUCUCAGCAAGAUACGACCUUUUAAUCGCCAAGUUGUUACAUAUCUGAUCUCCGUUUUUGUAGAUUUCCUUCAUAGUCAUAUGAAAAUCUGCAAGAUGUAUAGUGUAAAAUGUACCAGAACGGCAAGGACAGGAAUGCAGAAACUCGAAAUUUG